AGGGAGAAAAAGAGAGGGUUACGAAAUCGCGCGACGUCCGUAGAUACCGGCUAACAAGGAACGUCGACAAUUUCUCGUCUUUGGAUGCGACAGAGCGCGAAACUACGAAGGCGUAAGUCAGCGGCUCCGCGACCGCGAUACCGAAACUCCAGCAGUGCGCGAGCGGUUCUUUUACAAGUUACAAUUACUUACUACCAGCUUGCAUCGUACGUACGUACGGGUGGGUUAAAUUUCAGCGUGACGGUGUUGCCGAGACACGGUCUAACCAGCGCCGACGGAGAGUGUCGGAGAGAGAAGGAGAAAGAGAAAGAGAGCCAACGAAGGACGCCGAAGCCGACGCCGACGCCGACGCCUCUCUCGCACCUGCAGACUACUACCUGCGCCGCGAAGAGAGGAAGAGAGGAGAGCCUCCUCUACGUCGGCAGAGCGAGACGCGCCUCCGGAGGCAUCGAACAUAAGUAAAACAUCGCGCGACGCGCGGAGGAAAGCGGAAGUACGGAGAUCACGCCCCCCUACCUCCCACCUCUCAUCCUCCGCCGGCAAGGCUUCCGAUCCUUCCAUAUUACACGAAUUUAUAUUAUAUAUUCCGAUCGGCACAGACUCACCGCGAAAAUGAGUGACGGAACCGCCGCGGAGACCGAGACGAAGGCCACCUACCUGGGCCUGGACCUCAGCACUCAGCAGUUGAAAGCUGUUGUGGUGGACGAGAACCUGAAGGUUCUUCACGAGACUAGCGUGCAGUUCGACAAUGAUUUACCGGAGUUUAGAACCUACGGAGGAGUUGUUCAGAACAAAAGCGAUCCCUUGCUCAGGGUGGCUCCCACCCUGAUGUGGGUAAAAGCCCUGGACAUGAUUCUCGACAAAUUGCGGGUCUGCGGUGUCGACUUUACAAAAGUCGCCGCGAUUUCCGGUAGCACGCAGCAACACGGUACGGUUUACUGGGGAAAAGGAAGCGGCAAUCAGUUGAAAAAUUUGGAUCCGGACAAGUUUUUGCACGAGCAACUGGCGACGUUUUUUUCGGUCGGUCUGUCGCCGGUUUGGAUGGACUCUAGCACGUCGGAGCAAUGUCGUAUCCUCGAGGAGGCGGUGGGCGGUCCGCAAAAACUGGCAGAAAUAACAGGAUCCAGAGCUUACGAAAGGUUCUCCGGUGCGCAAAUAGCCAAAAUAGCCCAUUACAAGCCGGACGCUUAUGCCAGCACCGAGAGGAUAUCUCUCGUCAGCAGCUUCGCGGCUACUUUAUUCCUCGGGGAUUUCGCCCCAAUUGAUCUGUCCGACGGGUCAGGAACUAACCUUCUGGAUAUCCGAACUAAGGACUGGUGUGAUCAGCUUCUAGAGGCUUGCGCUCCGGGACUGAGAGAGAGGCUCGGAAGUCCCGUGCCAUCCUACACGAAUUUGGGUCCGGUUUCGAAGUAUCUCGUUGAGCGAUUUGGGUUCGAUGAAAAAUGCCGAGUGAUAGCGUUCACCGGGGACAAUCCGGGCUCUCUGAUUGGAAUGAGACUCAAGGACGGAGAUGUGGCUUGUAGUUUGGGCACUAGCGACACUCUCUUUUUAUGGCUUGAAAAGGUGAAAACCGCGACGGAGGGGCACAUCUUCUGCAACCCGCUAGAGGACGGGGCUUACAUGGCUUUGCUUUGCUUUAAAAAUGGCUCUCUGACUCGCGAGAGAAUCAGAGACAGCGCGGCCGGUGGAUCCUGGCAAAUUUUUAACGAAUUGUUGGAGAGCACGCCCCGAGGAAAUUUCGGUAACAUCGGACUUUACUACGACGCUCAGGAGAUAAUUCCGUUCCUUAACGGAGAUCACAGAUACAACAAAGCCAACGACGAAAUCAGCCGAUACAGUUCAAAGGAAGUCGAAGUCCGGGCGGUCAUAGAGGGUCAAUUUAUCGCGCGAAGAGCCCACGCCGAAGACUUUGGCUUCACGAUCGGGCCAAACACCCGCAUUAUAGCGACUGGGGGAGCUUCUAACAACAAAGCGAUACUCCAAGUUCUCGCCGACGUUUUCAAUUCCCCUGUUUACGUCUCGGAAUUAGCUAAUUCGGCGAUGUUGGGAGGGGCUUAUCAGGCGAAGCACGGAUUGCUGCGUGGAGAAAAAACUUUUCUGGAAAUAACAGCAUCGUUACCCGAACCUCGGCUAUUGUGUCAGCCGUACAAAGACGCGGAGUCUAUAUACAAGCCGAUGAUCGUUCGGUAUAGAAAAAUCGUCGCCGAUCUGCUGAAGAAGGAAUAGACUAAACCCAAACGAAAUACCGAGAAAUUUUUAUGGACUUCUGCUGUUUAACAUUCCGCCCUUUUAUCGACAAUACAAGUACCUCUGAUUAGUUUUCUACUGCACUGACGAUAGGGCUAGUUAAUUAGAAAACUUUUAUUUAAUUUUAAUUCGAUGAAUGACAAUAGAAAUUUUAGGCUCCUAAGCAUUCUGGAAAUGCUUUUGGUCUACUGCUUGUUUAAAAGUUUAUUCCAAUUUAAUUAAUCGAUAUCUCUUUAUAGUCAAUGGUUAGUGAAAUUACAUUUAAACGGCAUCCAGGUGAUAUUUUAUGUAUGGAUAAUAAUAUAAUUUACCCGAGGAUAAUUUUCAUCUACUCGAAUGGCAAUAAUGUCGCUGCAUAAUAUAAUUUAACUUAGCGCAUUCCAUUUCCACUAUAAUAUACAAUAGGCAUGUUAUAUAAUUUAUGGUGAAGUAAGUAGGCGAAAUAACGACAAAAGUUUCAUCAAGUAAUCCGACUGCAUACUUGUAACAGCUAUGCUUUGUUUAGGCAAAUUUGAGUACUUGAAGGCACAAAAAGACCACCUGGCUAAGAUACAAUCAGCAGAAAAUUCAGAAAUUUCGCUCUAAGUUGUUGAAGAAUGAGGAAAAAAAAAAUUAUUUAACUUACACACAUGUGCCUAAAUUCCAUGUAAAGUACAAGUUUUAAUAAAAUAUUAUUCCCAUGAUGAUUAUUUAUUCGA